AUGAAGAAGAACCUGGACCAGACAGUGAAGGACCUGCAGCACCGUCUGGAUGAGGCGGAGCAGCUGGCCCUGAAGGGAGGCAAGAAGCAAAUCCAGAAGCUGGAGGCCAGGGUGCGGGAGCUGGAAGGGGAGGUUGAUGCUGAGCAGAAGCGCAGCGCUGAAGCUGUGAAGGGUGUGCGCAAGUACGAGAGGAGGGUGAAGGAGCUGACCUACCAGUCUGAGGAAGACCGGAAGAACAUUCUUAGACUCCAGGAUCUGGUGGACAAACUGCAGAUGAAAGUGAAAUCCUACAAGAGACAAGCUGAGGAGGCUGAGGAGCUGUCCAAUGUCAACCUCUCCAAGUUCCGCAAGAUCCAGCACGAGCUGGAGGAAGCCGAGGAGCGGGCAGACAUUGCAGAGUCACAGGUCAACAAGCUCCGUGUAAAGAGUCGGGAGUUUCACAGUAAGAAGAUAGAAGGGGAAGAGUGAGGAUGUCGUGAGGCAGCAAAGCGGCAUGAGGAGUGCACAAAAUGUGAACCCUCUGUCACCUUUUUCUGCUAUGUCUUUGUAACCAUGUCAGUGUCUAGAGAAUAAAGUCUGUAGAUUCCUUUGCAUACACAGCAGAAGCAGUGGUGCUAUUUGUCAGAAUUCAAGUCGCUACAAUUACUAAUGGGUGUGCUUUUUUUCAAAUGAUGAUUCUAA